UCCGGAGAACGGAAGCGGGGCUGGCGGCCGGGCGGCAUGGCGGGGCUGGAGCUGCUGUCGGACCAGGGCUACCGUGUGGACGGGCGGCGCGCCCGGGAGCUGCGCAAGAUCCAGGCGCGGAUGGGUGUGUUUGCGCAGGCCGACGGCUCGGCCUACAUCGAGCAGGGCAACACCAAGGCGCUAGCGGUGGUCUACGGGCCUCACGAGAUCCGGGGCUCGCGAUCACGAGCCCUGCCGGACAGGGCCUUGGUGAACUGUCAGUACAGUUCUGCGACCUUCAGCACAGGUGAGCGCAAGCGGCGGCCACAUGGGGACCGAAAGUCCUGCGAGAUGGGCCUGCAGCUGCGUCAAGCCUUUGAGGCAGCCAUCCUUACACAGCUGCAUCCUCGCUCCCAGAUUGAUAUCUACGUGCAGGUGCUGCAGGCAGAUGGUGGGAUCUAUGCGGCUUGUGUGAACGUGGCCACACUGGCAGUGCUGGACGCCGGGAUACCCAUGCGGGACUUUGUAUGUGCCUGCUCAGCUGGCUUUGUGGAUGGGACAGCCCUGGCAGACCUCAGCCAUGUGGAGGAAGCAGCUGGUGGCCCCCAGCUGGCCCUGGCCCUGCUGCCAGCCUCAGGCCAGAUCGCACUGCUGGAGAUGGAUGCAAGGCUUCAUGAGGACCACCUGGAGCAGGUGCUAGAGGCCGCUGCCCAGGCCGCCCGAGAUGUGCACACCGUACUGGACCGUGUGGUCCGGCAACACGUACAAGAGGCCUCGAUCUUGCUGGGGGACUGAGUACACGGCCGCCCAGGCCCAGAAUAAAACUCACACGCGCUCAGUCCACUGUACUUUGAUCUCCCCAAAGCACCUCCGUGCCCUCAGAGCCCGGCCCGGAGCUGGCUCCAGGGGCGACAAAGGGUGCUCCCUACGCGUGAACUGCGUAACCCUUGCAGCCUCAGGAUUCCAACCCUGAGGAAGGGGGCGGUGGGUGUCCCUGGGUGAAGAGAGGCGCUUGUGUCAUGAAGGGUUCAAGACAGCUGAGCAAUGUGGCAAGGCCUGGUGUAAUGAGCCAAGCCCUCAUACUGUGGAGUCUGAUUCUCACUGCAGCACAUCCAGGGCCUUGAGCACAAGUGCUGAGGGAGAACUCCUUUGGCUAUGGGUGCCACCAAGGUGAUGGGGGGGCACCUCCCACAUCCUCUGGAUUAUGUCUUGGACUGAAUGGUCCCUUUCCCCCCAGAAUCCCUUGAGCUUGUCCUGUGGCUUAUCUUGAGCUCUGAAAGUACAACAGCGACAUGA